UUCCUUUUCGACCAAUAGCGUAUAAGCCUGUUUCCAUUCCGGUCAAUGGAGCUUCACUAAAUGCAUUAAGUGGGCGGACUAAAUAGCACAGCAACUGAACAAAACGCAGAUUUGUAAAAUGUAGGUGUUAACUGCCUCAUUCGAUUAAACUGUGACGUCGAUCCAUCUAUUUACGGUAUGCGGAAAAAAGCACAAUUUAGAUGUUGUUGAACGAAUUUACAGUCACGCGCCAGUGCUUUGACAGGCAGUGUGUGAUUGUCGGUUUCAUUACUAGUUACCCGAGUAGAUAUUCACUCUUCUGAACAAUUGAUUUUGUGGCAUGUCGAAGACAAACUGAUAAGAUAGGAGGCUAAAUGCCAGACGUUGGAAAGUGUGUCAUUAAUUGAAGUGUUGACCGUUUCCAGUAAACAUCUCAAGUCAACAAGUCCGCUGACGAUGGCCAGCAGGGAUGCCAGUGAGAACACUCCUCUUUUGGACAGCAGCUCUGUGUGCAGGACUGUGUCAGUGUUCCAGGGCAGAAGACUGGCGUGUGCAACGAUUCUGCUUGCAGAAUCAUUGGAACGAGUCGCAUUCUAUGGCAUCACUUCCAACCUGGUUCUUUUCCUUAACAGUAGCCCAUUUUAUUGGGACGGGACUGAGGCCAGCCAGGCCCUCCUGAUGUUCAUGGGGGUUACAUACCUGAUCUCACCAUUUGGUGGCUGGCUGGCUGAUGCAUAUCUGGGCAAGUUCUGGACCAUUGCUGGCAGUUUGAUUCUAUACUUCCUUGGCAUGCUGUUUUUCCCAUUUAUCACAUAUGACUACUCCAGGAAUGCCCUAUGUGGUGAUGAAAUUGCAUUUCCGGUGCAACCUGCCGAGUGUUUGAGCUCAAACAGUACUCCUCCAAGCAAUGUGACCUGCCCCACACGGGCACCUUACUGUGGGCCAGUGAUCUACAUUGGCCUUGUUCUCAUCGCCCUCGGUGUAGGAACAGUAAAGUCCAACAUCACUCCAUUUGGGGCCGACCAGGUAAAAGAUCGUGGCCCAGAGGCCACUCGCAGGUUCUUCAACUGGUUCUACUGGUGCAUCAACCUGGGUGCCAUCUUGUCCCUGGGUGGUGUGGCCUACAUCCAGCAGAACAUCAACUUUCAAUUGGGGUACAUAAUUCCAGCUGUGUGCCUGGGUGUCUCUUUCCUGGUGUUCCUGCUGGGGCGCACAGUCUUCAUCAACAAGCCUGCUGACGGUAGUGCCUUCACUGACCUGUUCAAGAUCCUGGUUUAUGCCUUCUGCAACACACAGCCCAAAGAGCCCAACCUGCUACGGGCUAAGCCAACAAUGCUUGAUGGAGCUAAGGUGACUUAUGGAGGGAGAUUCCCUGAGGAGAAAGUGGAGGAGGUGAAAGCACUGCUGAAAAUUCUUCCAGUGUUCUUUGCUCUUAUCCCAUACUGGACUGUGUACUUUCAGAUGCAGACAACAUAUUUCCUCCAGAGCCUACAUUUAAGGAUUCCUGACACCAGCACAGGCACCAACAGCAGCGCCGGCACCGACCAGAUGACGUUCCGCUUCCCUGCCGCCUGGCUGACAAUGUUCGACGCACUGCUUAUUCUCAUGCUGAUCCCUCUUAAGGACAAAGUGGUGGACCCCAUCCUCAAACGCAGAGGCCUGCUGCCCUCCUCCCUCAAGAGGAUCGCAGUGGGGAUGUUCUUCGUUAUGUGUUCAGCUGUGGCGGCUGGUAUACUGGAGACAAAACGACUUGAGAUCAUCAAGUCUAAUGGCACAUUCGACCAGGUCUUUGGCGACGUCAUCUACUACGCAGCAGAUCUGCCCAUAUGGUGGCAGGUACCUCAGUAUGUGCUCAUUGGAAUCAGCGAAAUCUUUGCCAGCAUCGCAGGUCUGGAGUUUGCCUACUUAGCUGCCCCCAGGUCCAUGCAGAGUGCCAUCAUGGGGCUGUUCUUCUUCUUCUCUGGGAUUGGCUCCUUCGUGGGUUCCGGCCUACUGUCCAUAGUCUCCCUCAAGGGGAUUGGCUGGAUGUCCUCCCACAAGGAUUUUGGUAACAUCAAUGACUCCCAGCUCAACUACUACUUCUUCCUACUAGCGGGGAUCCAGGGCCUCACCCUGCUGGUCUUCCUCAUCGUGUCAGUCAAGUACGACAAACAGAAGAGUAGUAGAGUAGGAAGUCAGAGGCAGGGUAUCACUUCGUCUUGGUCCCAUGACUGACCCCUGUCCAUCUGACCUCACCCUACCUGCCUUAGUAGUUAGUGCCAGAAUACCUGCCUGAUUUGGUACUGGACUCUCUAAAAACAUGACACUUCAAUACAGCUAUGACCGGAAGUUACUUUUUUGAAGCAGGUUAAGAGAGCAUUUUAUCCAACUCUAACCCUUUUCUUAACCUAAUUCUCCUAACCUGCUAUGUUAAUUCUCCUAACCAGUUGUUUUUAGGGAAUCUUGAUUUGAUACCGGAUAGAGUUUGUUCUUUUUACUUAAUGGGUUUGUAAGAUUAUUCAAUUUUCAAAGCAAAAAAAUAUUUUUACCGUACACUCGCACAUCCCUCACAUGAGAUCAAGUUCAUCUUAAUGUAUAUUUAUUGUACAGUACCUUAUUUAAAACAUCAUUACUUUGUUUGAUCAGGGUUCCCUUGAAUAUGAAUGGUGUAAUGUUCAAUAAUUUAAACCAAUUAUUUAAUGUAAACUGAUCAAAUUAAUUCCAAAUAGCUCACUCCUAUUGUCAGAUAAGUAAGCAUUACACGACUGUGGCCUUUUCACUGGUGCCAUAGAUCAAUGAACAAUUUAACUCUUGUUACUCUUGUUUUCUUUCAUCAUUUGCACUAGAGGAAUUGUGCCAUAUUCACACUGUAAUGGACAUUAUUCAAUUGUGAUUAGGGGCUUGGUGUUUGCUAUAUUACUUGUAUAAACUUGUUUCUGAUUGGCAUGUAUAGAUUAAAUAGAACUUUUUUUUUUUUUUGCUAACCAUUAUUUUCACUUACUGUAUGUGUUUUCAAUAUGGAGCUAUGUUUUCAGUCUUUAAUUUUGAUGUCAUACUGUUGCUUAUACACUGAGUGUACAAAACAUUAGGAACACCUUCCAAAUAUUGAGUUGCACCCCAUUUUGCCCUCAGAACAGCCUCAAUUCUGGACUCUACAAGGUGUCAAAAGUGUGCCACAUGUUGACUCCAAUACUUCCCACAGUUGUCAAGUUGGCUGGAUGUCCUUUGGGAGGUGGACCAUUCUUGACACACAGGGGACUGUAUCAAACACAAACCAGUGCACCUGCCACCUACUACCAUACCCCGUUCAAAGGCAAUUGUGUCUUGCCCAUUCACAUACACAUUCCAUGUUUCAAUUGUUUCUAGGCUUAAAAAUAAUUAUUUAAUGUGUCUCCUCCCCUUCAUCUACACCUGAUUUUGAAGUGGAUUUAACAAGUGACAUCAAUAAGGCAUCCUGGUCAGUCUGUCAUGGAAAAGGGGGGCGUUCCACAUUUUGUUUGUACACUGUGUAUACAUGCACUUUGUCUUUUAGCUGUUGAUAUAGAGUUACUUAAAUAUCAAAUGUAUUUCUUUAAUUAAACGUGCCUGCUAAAUCCAUGAAUAACCUUUAGACUACUACUUUUCAACUAUGCAAUGAUUUAAUCAAACUUUUUAAUAUGAUUACAAAAAACUGUAUAUAUUGCCAGUUGGUUGAACUUGAAAAGCAUUUUGGUAUAUUUCCCAUCAUUUACUCAGAAUAAUCAUCCCUGGCCAGCAGUGGCACAAUGCCGUGUUACUCUGUGAUUGCUGCAGCAGAAAACAACGUGAAUUGUAUCGUGAAAGUAAAUGUUUUCAUUAAGUUGACAUUAGUUCAGACUGAACCACAAUUUUAGAGUUACCGGUUUCUUUAUGCACUUGGGGUGACGGUUAAGAUGAAAAUGUUAAUUUGCAGUAUGAGUCUGACUUUUGACAAUGUCUGGCCUCAGAUUUGGAUGUGUUAAUGGAUGUCUGUAGUCGCCACAUGGUGUCCUUAUGGACUUUUAAAUACUAGCUUUUGGGGGUUGUGACUAAUGUGUACUUAUCAUAUGGUAGACAAUGUUCAGAGCACUCCAUGUAGUUGGUAUAUUUCACCCCAGUCAAAGCUUUUUAAUCGUUGAGUCUGGCACUACAAAACUAUGUAUGUUCUGUUAAAUAGCAAGAUCCACAAUGUGUUUUUUUUCCUUUACCCGACAAGUGAUUGUUUAGGAGCGAUCUGCAGGUUUGCUUUACCUACAGUAGACCUAAGUGCAGAACGUUCAAGCUGAAAGUAAGGUAUUUUACAAACCAAAAUCUACUCUGGGUUCAAGGGAGGUAGAAUAAUUGAAUUAUUAAAGAAUACCAAUACAAUUGUUUCGAAGAGUUAACUGUCUUUGAGAUCUCAUGAAGUACAGUUGUUUACAGAUUCUCAGGUUGGUGGCUUGAAUUGACCUUUUUAACUAACACAUUGAAACCAUUUACUAACUCAUUGACAAUGGCUGAAAACAUUAUUUUGGCUGUUUUAUUAUAGUGUUUGAUGGAUGAAUGGUGGUUCUUUUUUGUGCAACUUAACAGCUUUUGAAGAAACAUUUUCUGAAAAUGUAUUCUGUUUUAAUUAUGCUGGAGCAUUGGUCUUUAGAAUGUUUUUUGUGGGGUUAUUUUUGCUAAUAAAAUAUUAAAAUCUG